AUGCUCGCUUCUCCAGCUGGUCUCGUUCUUGUGGGCUUCAUCUUUGUCUCGACUGCCAUCGUGUGCACCGAGGCGACCAACGCUCGUCCCGGCAUCAAGCCCUUUGGACCUAAAGUGUGCGCUUCUACUCGCUACAAUGCCAACGUGAGUGUUCCUUGUCCGCUCUCCAGCGCUGUCCCGGCCCGUCAAGUCACUCUGAUUGGCUGCUCGAGCUCACACCCUUCCGUUUCUGCUUUCCACCAUCUGCACAGUUCGAUGACCGUGAUUGGCUCCCUGGUCAAUACGUCGCCAACACCAUCGGCACGUACGAAGAGCUUGCCUGGCAGGGCUUUGCUGGAUUCAAUGCCAACACGACUACGGCCACUUCCACAUCUCUCGCCCCUCUGGUCCUGGAGUCUUAUCCCAACGCUGUCGGCACUGGUUUCGAGAUCACUUUGCUGAGCCCUCAGAUUCCCCAAUUCAGCACCAUCUACUCCGGCUCUCCAGCCGUCGGUGGCUUCAACCUUCACUCCUUCUACUUUAGCUGUGUUGAAAACCUCGGAACUGAAUUCACUGCUUACGCCACUCCGUGCGAAUUCACCGUGCAAGCUUUCAAGGACGGCAAAAAGGUGUCGGAGAAAAAGUUGACCUACAAGCCCAAGAUGUUGAUUCGCUCUCCCAUGACGCUCGCCACCUUUGCUAGUCCGGACUUUUGCAACAUCGACACCGUCAAGUUUCUGGUGCCCAAGCAACUGACCAAGGCUAUCCUCAUCGACAAUGUUGAUGUGAGUUGCGCAUUUGCUCUCCAUGCCUCGUCCUUUCGCACGGCACCUCGACUCACAUCCUAUCACGCUCACGACUCCAGUACACCACGCACACGUGCAAGAAGGCCGGCAGCAAGAGGGGCCUCACGAGCCACAGACCGAUCGGCCAAGACGAGGAGCUGCUCCCUCGCCGCGUGGUCAUCUAA